AUGUCAGCGAUCACCAUGUCUUACCCUGAUCAACCGGGCUCGCCCUCUGGGCUGUCAACGCGCCGUUUGACGAACAGGAAUACCAACAGGUACUCUGUUACGGCUCUGUUUAGUAUGGUUGCAGAGCAGGAUGUGGAAGUAGAGGAUGAUCUCGCACGAGCGCAGAAACGCCUGAGGGACCUCAAGGGCAAGAUAUCUGCCCAGUCAAAGAAGAACUUCGUUUUGGAGCGUGAUGUACGAUACCUUGACUCGAGAAUCGCGCUGUUGAUUCAGAACCGAAUGGCAUUGGAUGAGCAAAGAGAAGUCGAAAGAACUCUUGAAGAGGUUGAUCCCACAGAAGGACACUAUCCUGACGACAGGAAGCUACAGCAAUACUCGAAUCUCUUCUUCCUCCUGCAAUCUGAACCACGACACGUCGCCGCCCUUUGCCGCCUAGUCAGCCUUUCCGAAAUAGACACCCUCCUCCAAACAGUUAUGUUCACACUCUACGGAAACCAGUAUGAAAGCAGGGAAGAACAUCUUCUCCUAACCAUGUUCCAGUCCGUACUCUCCGCCCAAUUCGAAACCGCGACAGAAUUUGGCUCCCUACUUCGCGCGAAUACACCAGUAUCUCGAAUGAUGACAACGUAUACCCGUCGUGGCCCAGGCCAGAGUUAUCUCAAGAGCGUUCUCGCCGAACGCAUCAACAGCUUGAUUGAACACAAGGAUCUCAAUUUGGAGAUUAACCCGGUCAAAGUGUACGAACAGAUGGUAAACCAGAUCGAAGAGGACACCGGCUCUCUACCACCGAAUCUUCCACGAGGGGUCGCUCCAGAAGUCGCAGCCGAGAAUCCAGACGUUCAAGCUAUCAUAGCUCCCCGCUUGACGAUGUUGAUGGAGAUUGCAAACAGUUUCCUGUUAACAAUCAUCGAGAGCAUGGAAAGUGUACCGUAUGGGAUACGGUGGAUAUGUAAACAGAUCCGCAGUCUGACACGGAGAAAGUACCCAGAGGCCACGGACUACGCUAUUUGCUCCCUUAUCGGUGGCUUCUUCUUCCUUCGCUUCAUCAACCCUGCCAUCGUCACCCCACAAGCGUAUAUGUUAGUUGAUGGCGUUCCAGCGAAACAUCCCCGCCGAACGUUAACUUUGAUAGCGAAGAUGCUUCAGAACUUGGCUAACAAGCCUUCAUAUGCGAAGGAGGCCUACAUGAUCACACUCAAUCCGUUUGUUGAGAAUAACAAAGCACGAAUUAACCAAUUCCUCAACAACCUUUGCGAAGUUGGUGAUUUCUAUGAGACCUUGGAGAUGGAUCAAUACAUGGCUUUGUCCAAGAAAGAUUUGGUAAUUCACAUCACCAUGAACGAGUUGUACAACACACAUUCCCUAAUAUUGCAACAUAUCGAGACUUUGUCCCCAAAUGACAAACAUCACCUAAGGAUUCUAACCGAUGAAUUAGGGCCGGCGCCUCCUCAAGUUCCUCGCAAAGAAAACAGGACGAUCGAGCUCAAUCUUUACAGUCGCUGGGAGACGCCGGUACAUGAUCUACAGUCCGCACUUCUAGACAACAUAUCAUCAAACGACAUGUUGUACAUGGAAGCCAAGUCGAUAUUCGUGCAGCUUAUUCGCUCCCUUCCCAAUAUUGGCAAAGGACCGUACAACCUGGCGUCAAUCGCAGAACGUGCAGCAACGACGAAGGAUAGUACGCUGGUCCGCAAGGGAAUCAAGGUCAAGGAGAUGCUCCGCGAAUUGGAAGAGCAAAGAAUCAUAGACCGUUCCGAUGGAUAUCGCUUGAUGCAAGAGGAGGUUGGCGCGGAGCUCGUGCAUCUGGGUAACUUGCGGGAGAAGGUGCUCUUGGAAACGAAGUCCCUCGAGGCCGUCUACAAGACCAUUUGUGACCAUAAUAACUAUCUGCGGUCGCAGCUAGAGCAGUAUAAGGCCUACCUGCAGAACGUCAGACUUACGGCGACAAAGGACAAAGGCAGUACGACCGGCGUCGGUGUUGUCACAGUGGGUGGGAAGGAGAAGAAACCAACCAAAGCUGUUGUACUGGGCCCAUAUAGGUUCACGCAUGCGCAACUCGAGAAGGAGGGUAUCAUUGUUGAAAGUAAUGUCCCUGAUAAUCGGCGGCCCAAUAUAUAUUUCAACAUUACAUCACCUUCACCAGGUACAUUCAUCAUUGCCCUCCAUUACAAAGGUCGCGAGAAAGCCAUCUUGGAAAUGGAUCUCAAGAUCGAUGACCUUUUGGAAAAGCAAAAAGACAACAAGCAUUUGCUGGACCUGGAAUAUGUACAGUUGAACGUGCCUAAGGUGCUUGGCCUACUCAAGAAGGUAUUCGUAAAGCGGUAA